AUGCGUCCCCGCCCCGAACUCUGCUUCGACGGCGCAUCGGCUGCUAUCGAAGACGACGACGAGCAUCAAGAUCAUCCUAAGGAAGCCAACAGUACUGACCCACGAGACAGCACUGCCGAAAUUGCGGCCAACGCCCCACGGUAUCGCCGCAAGAGCUCGACUUUCAUCGACGGCAUUCACGAUGUACCUGAGGACCAGGAUAUGGCGCCGGCCCAGCUGUACAGCACCAUGUCUGGACGACUCUUUCACUCGGGCCGCAUCGCCAUCGUAAUGGUGGGCCUGCCAGCGCGUGGCAAAACGCUCGGUGUGAAGACUCGUAUUUUUCAUCUCGGCGACUAUCGUCGGGCGACGGUCGGCGACGGUGGUGCCGUCCCUGAAGAUUACUUCUUCCCCAACGCCUCACCGGCAUCCGUCAUCUUGCGGCAGAAGAUUCUCAAGAAGUGUCGCGAGGACAUCUACGCCUGGCUUAAUCACGAGAACGGCCAAGUCGCUAUUUACGACGCCGUCAACCCGACCGCUGGAGGCCGUCGCUCGCUGGCCAAGGAGUUUGCCAAGCAUGACGUUCAGUUUUCCGGCAUGGAUCCCGACGACGCCGCCGAGCUCUACCUGAAGCGAAUUGACAUGAAGAUCCCCACCUUUGAGAUCAUGGAGGAGAAGGAACUGAACUACAUCCGAAUGAUCAACGCCGGUCGCAGGUUCUUCUACAACAAUCUCUCAUUCAACUACCUGUCUCAUCGCAUCGUCUUCUACCUCACAAACUUGCACAUCAAGUCACGCACCACCUUUUUCGCGCGAGCAGGUACCACAACCGAAGAAGACUCUUACAAAGCCGACGCACCGCUCUCCGAACAGGGCAAAUCCUACGCCGCCAAAAUGUCCGAGGUCCUCAUCAAGCACCGCGAGCAAGAGCGGGCGGCUCUGGUCGAGAAGCAGGGAGCUAACGUCCCCCUGCCACCCCUGACCGUUUGGACGUCGACCCGGCUUCGCACGGUGCAGACCUCGGACUACCUCAGGGAUAAGGGCUACAAAGUCCGUCAGCGCUCGCAGAUGAGCCAGAUCAACCCCGGCGUGUGCGAGAAGAUGGCCGAACGAGCCAUCCGCACCAUCUAUCCCGAGGAAGUAGAGAAGCACGAACUGGACCCGUAUCAUCACCGUUACCCCCGCGCAGAGGCAAGUGUCCCCGGUACCCUGUUCAUUCGAUACUCCAUGACUAACCCAUUCUUAAAUGAUCUCCUCAUCAUCGCUCACGAGUCGGUUCUGCGUGUCCUCUACGCCUACCUUAUGCACUGUUCCACAAUGGACAUUCCCUUCCUCAAGUUCCCUCGCGAUGAGAUCAUCGAGAUCAUCCCAGCCGCCUACCAGAACGAGGCCAAGCGCAUUCAUAUCCCGGGUAUCGACCCCAAGAUUACCCCCGGCUCACCAGAGGACAUCCGAAUCCCCGUCCCCGGCAGUAUCCCCGGCUCCGGCACCGCCAGCGGCGCGCUGAGUCCCAUGCCCGGCCUCUCGUCCCCCGCUGAACCUGUGGAAAGGCCGAUCGAAAAGGUUGUCAACUUGACCAAGGAGACUGUUGCUGACAAGGUGCAUGAUGAGGAUUAAGCUGUUCAGUGCGGGUCUAUAUGGUGUCACAGCCCGCAUGGCAGGAACGAGGCUGGAGGUACAAGGCAAGACAAACAUCGUCCUCUCAGAUCUGGUCGGGUAUGCAAUCGGGAAACACGCACGCUACCAAUCAACUGUUGGAGUUUUUUUGUUUUAAGAUGAACAAGAUAGGCUGAUGAUUUUCAUGACAACCAAAUGCUUCAUUACGUCCAAAGG